AAACACGCGAUCCCCUACGUCACUCCCACACCCGGUGUAGUGUGCGCGGCUCCCUUUUCUCUUCCGGCUCCUGUCGCUCAAUCUCGUCCUCUACGAAGGGCCGACCUAUAGUCCUACCGCGUCGAGAAUAAUAGUCUCUCUUCGCUCUUCUCUCCUCCCGCCGUCAUCUCUUUUCACCCUCUCGUCUCGUCCUACUCGCGCCAGUUAUCCGAUAACCUUCUUCGUUCAUCCUGCUACGAGAGAUGCUUCGCGAGCCUUUUUGAGAUAGAUGGAGAAGAGGAUGUCUCGAGCGCGCGGGAGGUGGAUUAAGAACGGAAAUUCGGGAUGUAAUAUCCGGCAGCCCUAGUUACACGUACGGUGUGUGCGCGCUGGUCGGCUUUCCUGCCAUCGAAGUCGGAGCAGCUUCGAUAUAAGUCAAAGUGAAGAAGGAGAUCUCACUCGCAGGAUUUCGAAUUGACCGGGAAUCUCUACUCAACGAAGAUUUGUAAAGUGAUUGCCGCCAAAAGCACAAGAAUCGUCGCCAAAUUCGUGUCACGUGAUAAGCAUCGUCACCACUACCAUCACUACACGGAAUUGUUUCCCUUGUAAACGCUUUAAACAUGCAUUAACGAAACUUCAGGACAAUCUCGCCAACGAAAAUUACCCGAUUUUUAAGGGGAUCUACGAGCAAGGAUCUCGAGCAGUUUAGAGACGAAGUUUCGGCGGCGACAAGUUGGCGACAAAGAGACAACAUGAAGAGACUUGCCUUCACUCGCGGAGGGAAGUGAUCUUCAAGAAAACGAGAAAACGGAGAGAUAUUCUCGACGCAUUGGGUCAGACGAGUCGGGCCGGCGGUGGGCCCGAUCGGUGUGAUGGUCUCGGGGUGGUGCCCGUGCGUGCCAUUAGGGCGUCGGCAAUCGUCGACUCAGCAGCAACAGCAGCAGCAGCAACAACAGCAACCGCCAUCGUCAUCCAGGGCGCCGUUCACCGUCAGCGGCGCGACCGACCGCGCGGAUAUGGUGCAGAUGUUCUACUACGAGAACCGCGGCAAGUGUUGCAAGAAACUGCUGAGAUACAACGGAUACCCGAAUAAGGUCCUUUUGUUCCCCGAGGAAGGUUGGGCAAGAAGCGCAAGUAGUUCCUACUGGACCCUGACGCCAUUCUGGUGGAGUCGGAGUCGGUGCAAGGUCGUCGAAGUCGCUGGAACAAGAAGGUACAGUACUCAAGCAAAGAUGGUAGACACGGGCACGGGAACGCUUUACAUUAUCGGCUCGUUCAAGAGGAUGACGACUGAUCCCGAUUUUAAGCUGUACCUGACGUCGAACGUCUCGUCGAGCGACUUCAACAUGGGUUACAGUAUGACAGGCACGCUGGAGCGCGGCUGUAAGAAGACUAACUCUUUCCAGAUGACCCACUUUGCGGUGAUACGGCGACGGGACUACGAGAAGGCAUACGAGGACCCGAAUCCCACCUAGUGUCCGUCCACACCCACGCUCUCCGAGUGUGGGGAUUGCGAGCAUUACACAUAGUUGGGAGGCAAGGGGCCGUCGAAAAGGGAAAGAGAGAUAGAGAGAGAAAAGGACAGGUGCACUUCCGCAUGUAUGUAUCGCGCGAGAAAGCGUUACAUCCGCUGCUCCAUGAACGUUGAUAAGAAGUCGCUCUUCGACGCGAGAUCGAUCGCAAAUUCCCGGAAAUUCCGAUACUCCUGGACAGGUCGAUAAACGGCCUCCACGAUAUGACGGAUCGUGAUCUUUCAUCGCGAAUCGUCUGUGAUCGCAAACUUUCUGUUUUUACAGAAAUAUUUGUGUAACAUUAGAUCGCUAAAUCGUCUGUAUUAAAUAUUUCAUUUAUUACUUGCUUCUAAAGAAAACGUAGCAGAAAAUAAGGCGUAGACAAAAAUUGCAGGCAGAAAUGCAGAAAAGUAAAAAGAAUGCAAAGAAGGAAAAAGAAUAAGAAGCGCAUGAGAAGAAAGGCAAAUAUACUGCAAUUCAAACGGCAUCUAUAUUUUCCUUGCAAGACAUCAUAAGGAUGAAAGAUAAUCAAAAUCGGGUGUGAAGGAGGAAGCUUUAAUUUGCGCAAAAUCAACAUUAGCUCGUGGUAAUAAGAGAUUACAGAGAUGAAAGGCGGAAGAGAAAUAUCAAGAUAGUGUAGAAUGAGGAAACAAGGAUAUCAAGAGCUUU